CGGGGGGAGGGCGGGGCCUCGCGGCCGAGUUGCCCUGUCAGUGCAGGUGGAGGCCCCCGGUGGGGCAAAGUGGCAGGAACCUCUUAAAGGGAGAGAGCCGCGGAGAGCGAGGACGCGGCCCGGCCCGGCCCGGCCAGGUCCCUGCCCUGUGCAGCCCAGAGAAGAGUUUACUGGUUGAAGCUGAGAAUUCUCAGCACCAACAACCGAAGGAAGAAGGGGAAGGAGCCACAAACUCAGGCCAACAGGAAACGCAGCUGGAAGAGGCUUCCCAAGUGGCAGCUGAGGGCGGUACUCAGUGUGAGCAGAAGCUGAAAGCAUCCAAUGGGGACACUCCAACACAUGAAGACUUGACCAAGAACAGGGAGCGGACGUCAGAAGGCAGAGGCCUGUCACGAUUGCUCUCCUCAUUCCUCAAAAGGCCCAAGUCUCAGGUCUCUGAAGAAGAAGGCAAGGAAGUAGAGUCAGAUAAAGAAAAAGGCGAAGGAGGUCAGAAGGAGGUAGAUCUUGGAACCAGCCUUGAUGAAGACAUCAUUUUAAAGGCCCCCAUUGCAGCUCCUGAGCCUGAGCUCAAAACAGACCCAUCUUUAGAUCUUCAUUCAUUAAGCAGUAUUGAAACACAGCCAGCUCAGGAAGAACACAGAGAGGACCCAGAUUCUGAAACAAAGGAAGCAGAAGGGAUUGAAGGGUGCUCUGGAGCAGAGGCGAGAGAGGACCCUGCAUCAAGAGCAGAAAGAGAACCCGAGGUCCCCCAGAAGCCGGCUAGAAGACACGGAAACAUGCACUGCAAGGUGUCCUUGCUGGACGACACGGUUUACGAGUGUGUUGUGGAGAAACAUGCCAAGGGACAGGACUUGCUCAAGCGCGUGUGCGAGCACCUCAACCUGUUGGAGGAGGACUACUUUGGUUUAGCUGUGUGGGACAGCGCGACCUCGAAGACAUGGCUGGAUUCUGCCAAAGAAAUAAAAAAACAGGUCCGAGGCGUUCCUUGGAAUUUUACAUUUAAUGUGAAGUUUUAUCCACCUGACCCAGCACAAUUAACAGAAGACAUAACAAGAUACUAUCUGUGUCUUCAGCUUCGGCAGGACAUCGUUGCUGGGCGGCUGCCGUGUUCCUUUGCCACCUUAGCCCUGCUGGGUUCUUACACCAUCCAGUCUGAGCUGGGAGACUAUGACCCAGAACUCCACGGCAUUGAUUAUGUUAGUGACUUUAAACUGGCUCCAAAUCAGACCAAGGAACUUGAGGAGAAGGUCAUGGAAUUGCAUAAGUCAUACAGGUCCAUGACUCCAGCUCAGGCUGACUUGGAAUUUCUUGAGAAUGCCAAAAAGUUGUCCAUGUAUGGAGUUGAUCUUCAUAAAGCAAAGGACUUGGAGGGAGUGGAUAUCAUCCUAGGAGUCUGCUCCAGUGGCCUUUUGGUUUACAAAGAUAAAUUGAGAAUUAACCGCUUUCCUUGGCCCAAAGUGCUAAAGAUUUCUUACAAACGUAGCAGCUUUUUCAUCAAGAUCCGGCCUGGAGAGCAAGAACAAUAUGAAAGUACCAUUGGCUUCAAGCUUCCCAGUUACCGAGCAGCUAAGAAAUUAUGGAAAGUCUGUGUGGAACAUCACACAUUUUUCAGACUGACUUCUACAGACACCAUCCCCAAAAGCAAAUUUCUUGCCCUGGGAUCCAAGUUUCGGUACAGUGGCCGGACUCAAGCACAGACCAGGCAAGCCAGUGCUCUGAUUGACAGGCCUGCCCCACACUUUGAGCGGACAGCAAGCAAGCGGGCAUCCCGGAGCCUCGAUGGAGCAGCAGCUGCUGAAUCUACAGACCGAAGUCCUCGGCCCACCUCUGCACCAGCCAUUGCUCAGAGUCAGGUCACAGAAGGACCAGGGGCACCUGCCAAAAAAACGCCAAAGGAAGCUGGGAAGGUGGAGGUGAAGGGGGAAGAAAAGCCGUCGGAGCAGGUGGAGCCCGAGCCCACAGAAGCGUGGAAGGUGGAACAAACCCACAGCGAGGUCACAGCACCUACCUCACAUGGUGACCAAACACAGAAGCUUGCAGAAAAAACUGAAGAUCUGAUAAGAAUGAGGAAGAAAAAGAGAGAGAGACUAGAUGGUGAAAACAUUUAUAUCAGACAUAGCAAUUUAAUGUUGGAGGAUUUAGACAAGAGUCAAGAAGAAAUCAAAAAGCAUCAUGCCAGCAUCAGCGAGCUGAAAAAGAACUUUAUGGAAUCGGUACCUGAACCACGGCCUAGUGAGUGGGACAAGCGCUUAUCCACACACUCACCCUUCCGGACUCUUAACAUCAACGGGCAAGUCCCUACUGGAGAUGGAGUGAAGAAAACUUCUACCCUCCCCUCGGAAAGAAAGGUUGGUGGGCCAGAGACACAGGAACGUGCUCUGUUAGUACAGGGUGAAGAGAAAAUUAAAAGGCCAGAGAGAUCCACUGAAAGAACCUUGCCCCAGCAAGAAAACGAAGAGCUUCUUCCUAAGGUUUCUAUUCCAAUCCCCGAGGAACACAAGGCUCUCAAAAAGUGCCACCUCUACCCUAGUACUCUCCCGUCUCCUCGUAUUCCUUUCAUGAUGUCUUUUCUCCUGGUCCUUGCGCUGGCUGUUUGGUGGUUGAUCUUUCUGUGACUGGAAAACAGGGUGCUCAUCUGACCUGUCAAGACUAAACCAUUGAACUAUGUGUACGGCUUCAGAUGGGUAACUGCCUCUGUUAUACCUCCAAUCCUGAUCAUUUGCUGUCAUAGGGACCUCUUGGGGUCAUUUUUCCUGUCAAUAGUCAAAUAUGAAUUUUUGGAGAGUACAUAUUGUGAGGAAAAAGGAGUAGCAAUGGAUUGUCUAAGCCAUCUUUCUUGCCCCAAAGUUAACACGUUUAGGCAAAUCAGAUUGAGGCGCAUGGCAGGUGGUAUUCACCCCAAAGCGACCCUGCAUGCUUUUACUGUUGACCGUUGCUUUGUCCUCCUUUUCAAUGUCUCACAUAGACUGGGACACUCUGGAAACAUUGGAUGGGCAAUUUUCCCAGUCCUCUGCAGCCAUUUAUGUGGCAGGGGCUCUGUAGUUUAAGAAGAAAUUUAACUUCCCAACCUUUCACAAGCCUUAAAAUGAUAGUUUAAUCCAAAAAUCCAUAACCACUCCUUUUCUUAGAGUGUCAAAUCCGUACGUGCAAAGGCCUUUUCUGGAAGGGGCUUUGACACCUGUGGCCUUUUUGUGAGUGUUUAUGAGCUGUAUGGGAUAGACAACUUUAUCCUUUCUGGUAUGUAGAAGAAUUAUGCAGACGUUAAAUACUGUCUUUUCAUAUAUAGAGAAUUGAUUUAGUUUAGGGAAAUGGUGCUGGUGUCCCUUGGCCUCCAGCCAGGGCUGAAAAUUUCAGACUACCUACCUUUAAAAGUCCUGAAGUACAGAUUAACUCAAGAUCUGUAUAUAAACACACUUUUCUCUAAAUUCAAAUGUUGUUAUUUCUUUAUGGCAUAAAUAAUUAUGCUAGAAGCAGUAUUUACUGUUAAAAUAAGCUUAAAAGAUGCUUUGUUUCCUUGUAAUUCAGACCUGUUCUCUUACUUGUGUUGAAAUCAAUUGUUUCUAAUCAUUAGCCUUGGAGCUCUGCUUUUAUUGUGACAUGUGUCCAGUUUGCAUGUUGACUGUGAGGCUCCCUGUUGUAAGGCCAGCACACCCUCCUCAGAGCACCACCUGGAUGCCUAAACUGGUGGGUUUUCACUUUCCAAUAUUAACCUUGCAUGAUGUCGCUUGCUUUCUACGGCAUUUGAACGCAUUGAUCUGGAUGAGUUGUUAACUUCUCAAGUACUGUUUUGGACUCUGAGUUAGUAGGAUCAUCACAUUGAGACUAUUAUAUUUUAUAUUACUUCUAAGUGAUUUUCGGUCAAUGAAAUUUCAAAAGACGGUUUUUGCCUUUGAAAAGAUGGAGGGGAGGGAGAAAGAGAGAGGGAAAAACAGAAAAAGCAAGAUUUUUGUUGUUGUUCUUCAGUGUUCAUCAGUAUUGAUCUGUUGUCUUGACAGAUGUGGUUAUCUGAUAUUACUGAAGACUGCUGUGGUAUGCUCUGUCAUUAUUGGACUUAAAAAAAACAGGCUAGAUUUAAAAAAAAAUCUGGAUAUAUAUGGUUUGUGUUACAGGCUAUGUCUAUUUAUAACAAAUAUUUUGUAAGUAAGCAUAUUUAUUGAUUCACUUGUAAGAAAAUAGGGAUUGCAAAGCCACCUGAAGUACUGCAGAAAUGCUUUGCAAGACAGAACCUAAGAAUCAUAAAUGUGCUCCUUUGUCUGCACAACAGAUUUCCUUAAUGAGUAACAAAUGAAGCUAGCAUUGGUUAUGUUACUGUAAGUCUUUUUUUUUUUUUUUUUAGGAAUUAAAAGGAAAAUAAUCUUACAAUUUUAUCAGUACUUUUGUAACUUCCAAAUUAUAUUUCCUAACAUUCUAGUUUUCAUCGUUGUACAUAACUUUUUAUUAAUUAUUGUAAGCGUCACCCUGAAUUUUGUUUCCUUUUAUAUUGGAAUCAUUUCAAACCCAUUAAACGUUUAGUGGGAGCCAAUGGCGCUGUGGAGUGUUCUGAAGUAUGGCGAGGCUCUUCAGGGAUCUUUGCUGACAGGAGGACGCCUUUAUAGUGAACAAAGUUGAUGAACGUGGGUUUAAAAGAUCUGUGUCGUAGUUAUCAGAGGACAGACAUCGGCUGUCCCAGCCCUGUAUGAUCUUAAGUUAAUGCUGCUAAUAUUUGUAACAAGAAGCUUCAAACAGCAUUUCUUUCUUUCCCCCACUUCACUCCUUUCUCAGUGGCAUGGACAUUCCAGGGGCUGGGUCUCGCUUUACCCUGGGCCAGCUUCUAAGUGGCAGCUCCAUAAGUAAUUUGGACUAAGGAUAUUGAUACAGGCCUGUAUCAUCUUGGAUUUUAGUCUUGUUUUCCCGUGAAUCAUUUCCAGAGUGAAUUGAGGAGGUCACUUAUUUCUACUUAGUACCUUACAGACAAAUCUACCUCGUGAGAAUGAAUCUGCACCAUGUUUCAGGAAGUGAUGAUGGUUCAGUCCUCAGUCUCUGAGGGGCUGGGAAGAUAGAACUCAAGGAAAAAGCAGACACACACAAACCUCUUGAAAUUCUUUUUUCUGGAAGUAAGCAAACAGCCAUGUUUAUUUCUGUCUGAUCCUGGUUGAUAUUUGACCAAGCAUUUAAAACUAGUAAAGUUAAAAAUGCCUUGCCAAUUUUAUCCCGCUCUUAAUAAGUCCAGAUGGUAUUCUUUGAGCAGAGCACACUUGGAAUGAGGCCAGCUUCUAUAUUUUAAAUGGUUUUUUAUUUUUAUUUAUUUUUAGCUGUUUGCUUAUUGUUAGCAUUUGUAGUAUGAAGUAGAUCGCAUUUGCGAGUUUUACAACUUUCUUUACAUAACAUUAGUAAAAACUUUAACGAGGGGACUGACAUUUGAUCAAGAGUAAGACUGGGGUCCCCUCUGUAUCUGUCCUGCUGUCAUCAGAGAACCUAGGUUUUUUUGGUGUAUGGGUUUUUUUUUUUUGUUUUUAGUUUUAAGGGCUUUUAAUUUUUUUCAAGAUUUUUUUUUUUAAAUUGUAAUUUAUUCACUUUGUAUCCCAGCUGUAGCCUUCUCCCUCAUCCCUUCUCAGUCUUGCCCUCCCUCCCUCUUCUCCUCCCAUGCCCCUCCCCAAGUCCACUGAUAGGGGAGGUCCUCCUCCCCCUCCAUUUGACCCUAGCCUAUCAGGUCUCAUCAGGACUGGCUGCAUUGUCUUCCUCUGUGGCCUGGUAAGGCUGUUCCCCCAAUCAGGGGAGGUGAUCAAAGAGCCAGCCACUAAGUUCAUGUCAGAGACAGCCCCUGUUCCCCUUACUAGGGUACCAAUUGGAGACUGAGCUGCCAUGGGUUACAUCUGUGCAGGGUUCUAGGUUAUCUCCAUGAAUGGUCCUUGGUUGGAGAAUGGUCUCAGAAAAGACCCCUGUGCUCAGAGUUUUUGGUUCUGUUACUCUCCUUGUGGACCUCCUGUCCCCGCCAGAUCUUUCUAUCUCCCCUUUCUUUCAUAAGAUCCCCUGAACUCUGGCCAGAGGUUGGUGGUGAGUCUCAGCAUCUGCUUCGAUAACCUGCUGGAUAGAGUCUUUCAGAGGCCCUCUGUGGUAGGCUCCUUAAGUCAGUUUUGUCGUGGCUUCUAUGAUUAAACCCACAGGAUACUCCGCACUGUCAGGAUUCAGUUGCUUUUAGAGGUUAUCACCGAUAAGAAUAUACGCUUACACUUCCCCUAGCGGUCAUUUAUUCAGAAAAGGCAAAACCAAAAUGAAUAACUGCCUCACUGCUGCUCCCUCAAGUAAAGAUCCGAGGAACUCUGUAGGGCUGCCCUCCUUCCCUUUUACACUUGAUGUAGAUGAUAAAAUCCCGAACUUAACAGUGUUCUCUACAUAGGACCGCGGCUUCUUUGUUACACCCUAACCGUCCACUCCCUGUGGUGGUGGUGACACCAGAGCUGGAGACAAUCCCUCCUAUUCUGCGUCGUCUGCUUUGCGGAAUUCCUUCAGCAGCCUCUUCUACGCUGCUCUGUAGUGUCAGCCUGCUCUCCCGGCUGCCACUGUCACUUCAGGCCUUAGGAGAGACAUCAUCUCCCAAGGCUGGUGGCCAAGUGUUUUUCAACUCUUGAGAGUUUGUAUAGGUCGCUCUCGGAUUAAAUCGGGGUAUUUCUCCAUUGCUGCUUUUCAGUCUUGAAUGCAGGGAUUGCAAAGAGGUUCUUUGAGCUAGGUGUGGUUGUGCAGAACUGGAAAUACUGCCAUUUGGGACAAUGAGGCAGGAUAGCCAGGUGAGGCCAGACUAGAUCACAUUGUGAGUCCUUGUUUCAAGAAAGAAAGAACUUUCUGGCCUCUGCAAGAACAUGCCUGUUAAAGUUAAAGGCAGCUCUCUUGUGGCACUAAUCUUAGUUCUUGCCCUUUGAAGACUGCUGUCUGUAUCGAGGGUGAGCCUUGGUUUGUUCAUCUUUGCUUGCCAUCUGACACCUCUGUAUCGUAGGGGCCACCUUGCCUUGUCUCUAACAAUCAGUUUGUUAACUGAGUUACUAAUAACAGAUGGUAAUGGGUAAACGCUAACCUUUACACGGGCUCUCUUGUACUGAGAUCACCAUAUGCUUGAUCAGUUCACGCACGCAGCCAAGAAAGCCUGUGCAGAGCCCAGAGGCCAUGCCUUUUCUUGUUAAUGGUCUGUAGUCCUGCUUUACUUAAAGGACCUCGAGUUAGAUGCUACCAUGGUAAACGUCAGCUUCUCUCGUUGACAUCUUGUAAUGUGGUUUAUGCUGUCCUUUAACAUAGAUAAUAAUCAACUGUUUUCACUCCAGAAUGUAUUAUCAAGACUGCUCUACGUGUUCAUGUGUAUAAACUCAUCUGGAGUGUGAUGUCUUUAGGGGAAUGUUUGUGUUUAUCUGAAAUACAUUGCUGACGUCAAUUUGAUACAUUUUUCUUGUGUUUUAUAUGCUAUAAAAACAAAAACUAUCAAACUGUCACAAGUUUUGUACUUUAGGUAGAUGAGUGGUUGGCACAGUAAGACGUCAGGCUUCUCCGGCCCUGUCAUCUCACAACUGCUCAGCUCCGCGACGGCAGAGUGAAAGCUGCAAGAAAACAGAGACAGGAGUCAGUGUGACUGCAUGGCAGUCACUUUAUUGGACACUGAAAUUUGAUUUUCAUACAGUCUUUAUGCCACUAAAUAUUUUUCCCUACCCAUUUAAAAACAAUCUAUUCUUAGCUCUUGGCCAUAUAAAAACAAAGAUAGACUGGAAUUUUUUCUGCAGGGACUAGUUUUUGGAUUUCUCUCACAGAUCAGAAAACUGCUUGGUUACUUUUUUUUUUUUUUAGCAUUGGUACUGUUUUUUUAUGUCUAGAAAUUGGAAAUUGGCAUCAAGUUCAUCUUCACUGGAACAUGAAGUCCCAUGAUGCCACAGUGCCCUUGUCUUUGAAAGCACUUUCUCUUCCAUAGUGCUCUGUGUUGGCUGCAGUCACAUUUGCUGACUACCUAACUACCCACUUUGUUUUGGUUGGGUUUAAAGGAUCUGUCUCAGUUUCCCCAUACAGAAUAAAGAAAGAGCAAUUCCUAAACACACCUCUUUAACCAGAUUCUAGAAUUAUGUAAUAAGCAUGGUUUAAAAAGGUGUGUGGGGGGGUGAUGGAAAGAGGGUUCAGCACGUAACAAUGCUGGCUGCUCUUCCAGAGGACCUGAGUUCAGUUCCCAGCACUCAGAUGAAGUGGCUCACGCCUGCCUGUAACGCCAGCUGUAGGAGCAUCCAGCGCCUCAGGAUCGCACCACCGCUCGUGUGCCAGUUCCCCACACAUACGUAUAUGACUAAAGUGAACCUUUCUUAAGUGAAAUGGUUUUCUGUUGAGCAUUUAGUGCGCAUUUGUGUUUCAGUCGGUUGCAUACAUUUAAGAUUAGGCAUUUAAGGGACGUGUUUACUUUUCUAACUAUGACCAUCAAAAUGAAAGGCUUCUUUGAUGAGAAGUCCCUGAUUCAGGCUACUGGGGCAGAAAUUUUGAUGGUAAGUUAGCAGAAAAUAAUGUCAUUUUGAAAGCGUCUUUGCUCCCUGUAUUUUGGCCUUAUGUAACUGCUUCUUGGAAGUGUUUCCUCGUAAGCCCCAAACCCCUUUUCUUUUCAGGGUCCUUGUCCAGGAGCCUCUGGAUCUCAUAUGUACUUAAAUAAACGUUUAUCCAGUAGCAGUUCAAUAUGUUAUUAAGCCCUAAGAAACCUGAAUUUCUCUUUGGGGACAUUUUCUUUGAUCUAUUUCUCACAUUAAUUGCUUUGUUACUAUGUAGAUUUAUGACAAAUAGCUCUGAGUACAAGUCAGCUUCUAAUUAGUAAUUGUUCAGGAAGUUAGAGCUGGUGAUACUUGAUACCGGCAGACCCAACAGAGAUGGGAGGAAGGAGGGAGGGAAGUGUGAGGGACGAGGGAACCUGUGUUUCAGCGGAUCGGCUUGAGAUGCUGGCCUAGAAAAUACUGUCAGUGCCCAUUAAUUGCCUCUGCUUAGUCCUGAUACAGAGGCAUCUAUUUGCAUGUGUUCAAUUCUCAAAAUAUUGUUUCAAAUCAGCUUUGUAUUCAUUUGACUUACUCGUGUCAAGUUUUAAAAAUAAUUUUUCUAACUAAUUUAACCAGUCACAGUAAUGUGUAAUUGUCACAUUUUAUUAUGCUGAUUUGCCUUUUGUGGUUUAUUUUUAAGAACACUGAAUAAAUUAGUAGUUAUUAAGCAUCCAGCAUUGCCACUCUGAUCAGAUUGAAGAGUGAAGAGUGGUGUGGGUGUGAGUAUGUGGGUGUGAAGAGAGCUUGUUCCUAUAAUAUGGAAUUAAGAGGUAUUGUCACUUACUUCACCUUGGAUAAACCCUCUCCUAGUGUCACAGCACUAGAUUUUGUUGUAUUUUUCUGUUGACGACUUAAACCACCAAGCACUCCAUACUUUGAAGUGGUCUGUUUACCAGCUCAAGAUGUAUACUGUGGUUAAGUCUGAGUAAUACAAAAAUGCCGUUGUGUUUAUCUAAGCCAUAUUCCUUUUCAGAAUUUGUUGAAAAUGUUAGCACAGAAAGCCAUUUUCAUUACUACAGGAUUUGUGUGUGUGUGUGUGAAGAGGAAGUACAGCUAGUUUGUUUCUAAAAAUAAUUUUGUGUUGCGUUUAGUCCUGUGGAAUCAAAGUGCUAAUUUCUAGAUACCACGCUGAAGUAUAAUCUUUAAGUUUUUAUUAAGACUUUAAUCAAGCCAGGAGUGGUGGCACACACCUGUAACCCCAGCACCUGGAAGGUGGAGGCAGGAGGAUAAAAAUGCUAAGGCCAGCUUCGUCUACACAAUGAGGUCAAGGCCUGUGUGAGCCCCUGUCUCUUAAAACUAAAGAGAGAGAGAGGCUUUACUAUGUUUUGGAAAUGAGAUUUCUGUGGAGUUUUGCUAACAAAUUUCAUGUUGUUCCAUCGCAAGUGACGGGAAUGUUUGUGCGGGUUUGUGGCUCCUUCCUCUCCUUCAUUGCUCUGCCUGACCCUUCCCAGUGGAAUGGAGUAAACUGUGGAGAGGUUUCUGUUCUCUCAGCCAUGUUCAGCAUAACCUUUGACAUUUGCUUAAUUAAGCACUCGACUUCUGCAGAUCUGCUCAGGGGAAGCCGCUCAUGUGAUCUGUGGAGUCCCUGCGGGUGAGUGCAGUGCAAAGGCAAAACUUUCUAUUAGCUAAUAGUUAAAUUUCCUAUUAGCUGAUAGUUAAAUUUUUGCAUCAGGCAUGGUUUUAAAAGCUGUUUCCUUUUACAGUCACCUAUUCGGGGAUAAUCUAAUAACAGUGCCAUUUAGAAAACCAUAAAGACUAUGUUCUUAGGUAGCUCAGAAUCGUGCCUAGCAUGUGUGAGGUACAGGGUUUGAGUUCCAGCACUUAAAAAAAAAAACAAAAAAAAAAAACAGUCAAAACUGUUUGAAGGACUAUUGUUAUUGACAAGCUACUGCCUUUAUUGGAAAGAAAAGCCGUGUUGUGUGUUCUUAUUCUGAAAACGAUUUUAUCAAGUGUAGUGAAGUAACAGUAUGAUGAAAUAUUUGCCCAAAUCAGCUCAUUUACCUGAGAUAUAAGCUCUGUAUACCAGAAAACAGCAGUGGGGACUGUAGUGAGCACCAGAGUUAAGUACAACAUACAGACUUUAAAAAAUAAUGGGGAAGGUGCAGCUAAGGGAGAAAUGAUGAGGAGGAGAAGUGUAUUGUGUGCUAAAGAUGAAAGGGUUUAAAUCAGCCCCGUCCAGGCACGUGUAACUCUGUUGUGAAAGGGUUUAAAUCAGCCCCAUCCAGGCACGUGUAACUCUGUUGUUCGUUUAUCCCCGUGUGCAGGGACCCAUUUGAAAGCUGCUAGCAUUUUAAAGUCGUGGGAGCCAUGGGUUACAAGCUUUUGGGGGUGGGGACCGGGGAUGUUUUCCUUUUCGGUAAUUUUUGUUCUUUCCUCAUUUGUUUCCUUUUUUGGCUGAAGAAUGGGCUACUGCUGCUUGCCUUGUCAUCUUUACGUGCUGUUUACACAUGGCUUUUACCAAAGAAGCCGUUGCCACAUCUGAUUUAUCUUUUAUUGCAAGUGCCCGUUUAAAAGUGAUUUUGAAAGUAAAUGUUAUUUUGUUAAUUACCAGGUUAAUAUUCCUACACUGAUAUUUAUAGUUUCUCAAAAUAGGAAAGAGAUUACCAAUAUUUAUCACGUUAAUGUAUAGUGACAUAUGUUGGAUUUUUUUAAGCCUUUUUCUGAGGCAGUUAAAGCCACUCUUUCCUGAGACAUGAAACCUUGCCAUGUUUUUGUUAAAAGAGAAGAAUAGAAACAGAGCACUCGCAGUUAACUGAUGUUAUCAGGGUUGGAUUCUUCGUUUUUUUAGCUUGCAUGUUGCAGACCUUCUGGGAGUGUUACAAUGUUGAUGAUAUAUGUGACUGUAAUGUUUACUGUUUACUUUAGUUCAGGACCAGGAGCUGAACUCUUCUGCUGGGUGUCUUCCUUCUGUGCUUAGCAAGCGAACCUCGAUUCCUGCUGGUUCUGUGGGCCUUUGCAGUGCAGUGCAGUGCAUUUCUUACUGGGUUUGCAAAUCAAGGGUAACGUGCUUUUGGAGGUAUUGUGUCUGUGUGAACCUUCCACCCCCAAUCCUGCUGUCACCCUGUCACUCACUCUCUUAUUAACCUUGUCUUCAGGGCUGGGGAGAUGGCUCAGUGGUGAGAUAUUUGCUUGCAAGCGUGGAACCUGAGUUUGGAAACCCACCGCCCACAUAAAAAGCACCUGGUAGUGUGCACCUGGAAGCCUGUGGCUUUGGGGUAGGCAGAAAAGGGAAGGGCCACAACAGCCAGCUGUAGGUUCAGUGAGAGACCCUGCCAUGAGAGAAGAUGGAGAGCAGCUGACUGAGACACUUAAUCAACCUUUGGAGUCUGUGUGCACAAACAGGUCACUGUAACUGCACAUGUACACACACACACAACUUUUCUUUUGUCUGUUUUUUUCAAGACAGGGUUUUUCUGUGUAGCCUUGGCUGUCCUGGACUCACUAUGUAGACCAGGCUGGCCUUGAACUUCGAGAGAUCCACUUGCCUCUGUCUUCCUGAGGGCCAGGACUAACAGGCAUGAGCCACCGUGCCCUGAUGCUACACUCACAACUUUAAGUCAGUAUGCAACUUAAAAAAAAAAAAGAGAGAGAGAGAAACAAAAGCCUAAUAAAUCCCUUUCUUCUUAACAUAGAGAAACACUGAUUAGUUUAGUGUGUCAACCUUUCUUGAGAUAUCUGUGUUCCAGCUAGCCCCAAGUCACGGCAGGCAAUAUUAUAGAAUCGAUUGUAACUACUAAGUAACUACUUGAAAAGCCAGUGGUAAGUCUUUUUUUUUUUUUAAAUACAAACUACAAAACAAAAUGAAGAAAACGUGAAAGCCCACAGUAGUUUCUUAAUUACCAUGGUGGGUUUUGUUGCAAGGUGCUAAAUCCAAGGCACUCUUGGGGACUCUCAGCCUCAGGAAGUGAGCGUUUGGGUGAUCACAACAUAGAAAGAUGUGCUUCAAGGCUGAGAAGCAGCAGUGAGGUGAUAUGCUUUAGAGUGGCAGUAGGUUUUGGGACGGACAGUAUUACCCUUUUAAAUAUUGAAUAUUUAUAUAAGAAGUAGCCUUUUAAAAUAGCCUAUCGAGCUGGGGAGAUGGCUCAGUGGGUAAAGUGCCUGCCUGAAGUGUGAGAACCUGGGCUUGAAUCCCUAAGUAAUUUACCCACACAGAUAGGUGGGCAUGGCAGAGAGCCUCAGCAACCCCACCCAGUGCUCCUGCAAGAAGAUGAGAGGAGACAGAGCCUCCAGAAGCUUUGGGGACAGCUGGUCUGGCAUACAGAGCAGCAAACAAACAAACAAAACAAAACAAAA